AUGUCCACCUCCGAUGCUUUCUCGGAAUACUCUAGCUUUGCUACUCGGCUGAUUUCAAUAGCUGUGGAGGAUGUCGACGAAAAGACACCAGCACAAAUCGCAGAACGUGACGCACGCAUGCGCGAGUUCCUCGACGCGUUUCCGACUGACGAGGUCAAAACCCAAGCUGAUGGCGGAGAUGCUAUGAUGCGCGUCGAGAUGGGAGUGAGGCUAUUCACAGGAUACGGUGUCCCAGUUGACAAAGAUGCCGCCCGUACCCUCUGGGACUCCGUUUCCUCAGACUCGAACCUAUCUGCAGACGACAUGCCAGCAGUCCAACGGUCUAUGCUCGCACUAUGCGCCUACUUCCAAGACGCCUACGCACGCACGGGUGGAACAUCUGACCUCCUCGACGCAGCUCGGUUCGCGAAUGUGGUUGCUGGUCUCGAUUCAGAAGUCAUACCUGAACUUGGCUUGCAAGAAGGUGCAAAGACCGUUGCACCCGUGGCGCUCUGGUGUGCACAACAGCUUGCACGUUUGGUGGAAGCAUUGCCCACGAAAGCAGCCUCGCAUUUAUCAGAGGAUGAACGUGCCGCUAUUCAUGCCGCCGCACGGGAACUGCCGUUCCUGUGGGACGUGUACGAGAGGCGUGGACAAGCUAUCGCGAAGAAAGAGGUGGCGGGAGAGGCACCCAGCGCAUUUGAAUGCGCUAGACCUGGGUGUGGGAGAGGCGCCGAGGGGAAGGAGAAGCUAUUGAGAUGUGGAGGGGCAUGUACGGCGGACGUCAAGCCGUAUUACUGCUCGAGGGAAUGUCAAAAGCUGGAUUGGAAACGCCACAAAGUGGUUUGCAAGGCAUCCAAACCAGCACCGCAAAAAUUCGGAGCUUCGAUGGUCGCCCCAGGACUCAAGAAGGCUGCAUCAGGAGGAAUGCCGAACGUGUUCGCGUCGCCGAAGGUACCGGCUCAGGAGGUCGGGAAGGUGGGGGCUGCGGACGACGAUGUAGACUAG